CUUGAAGAUGUUGGUAUCAGAGACCUAGGUUCAUUGAUCUCGUCAUAUAAGAGCAUGUCUAGUAAAGUGGAACAGUACGGAGACGUCUGUACUGUUCUUCAUAUACAUCUUGUUAUCUCAUUAUUAUUAUUAUUAUUAUUAUUAUUAUUAUUAUUAUUAUUAUUAUUAUUAUGUUUAUGUUUGUUUGUGUUUGUUUAUGUUUAGUUUGAAAGGUUCACUUAAUGGGCAGUGGAAUGGGUCUAGGUCAAGACGUAAGUUUCAAAUUUGGGUUGUGAUAGUAUGUUGGAAACCAAGUUUCGAUUAUGGGAGAGAAAAAAAUUAUUCAGUUGGCCAAACUAUUACCAUGCGAAUGGACAUAGAAUUGCAUUUUCCAUUUUUGUGGUUUGUUGACCUUCUCUCUCUCUCUUUAUAUAUAUAUAUAUAUAUAAAUACACUCUUAUACAAAUACAAUCGUGAUCAACACAUUUCUAUACAAUAAUAAUAAGGUUUCUAUACAUAUUUCAUACAACUACAUAUUAUAUACAACAAUUAUAUAGAAAUCUUAUGCAUAUUCAUAUUCUCCAACAAUAUAAAAAUUUUAUACACAUCGAGAAAGAAAUAGUUGAGAAAGUUGGAUUCGACUAAGUAUGUCUUCUUUUUUGAGCCUAAUAGCUAUUUCAGGUCAUUUCCUUAAAAGUGGGCUAUUUUAAAGCUUUUUUUUUUUCUUGCUAAUGGCCCAACAAUAUCUUUCUCCCUUCUAUUUCUUCCUUAAUUCUCUUAGUUUUUUUAGCCCAAUUAAUUUUGUUUAAGGAAAAAAUUACACUAUACCAGAACAUAAUUUAUUAUAACUAUUUAAAAUUUCAAACCUUUUAAAUAAUUACAUAAAUUUCUAUUUUCUUACUUAAAAGUUCGUAUACAUCACAAAAUAAUGUGAUGUAUUCAUGUAAAAUUAAUUGAUGUAUUCAGAAUAAUAAAUGUGAUGUAUUUGAAUGGAAUGUGAUAUAUCCGUGUAAAAUUAUGUGAUGCAUCUGAAAGAAUGUGAUGUAUCCAUAUAAAAUUAAGUAAUGUAAUCGAUAGAAUACGAUGUAUCCGCAUUGACUAAAUCAGGGAUUUUGGUAAUUUUGGAAAAAGUUGAAUGAGGAGUAACUAGCUCCAAAAAGGUUUAGAUUUUUGUAUCUUUUAUUCAUGAGAUUAACUAAUAUGAGAAGACAGUGCAACAUUUUCUUUGCACUUUUAAGAUAACUUUACUUGAAAUAGUAGGACAAUUUUUAAUUAUAUUUACAAUUUUUUUUUUCAUUUUUGGACUCCUCCCUCAAUAAUUCUCUCGCCCACUCUCUCUCUCUCCCCCCUUUAUUUAAUACCAAUUCAUUUUUAUAUGUUAUCCCUCCUCAUUUAUGACUUCUAUCAUUCUUUUAAUUGACCAAUUCUAUCAAAUUAUCCAUAAAAAUAUAAUCUAUUUAUUCAUUUGAACACAAAAUUACAAGAUUUGAUACUCAUUUUGCUAAGAUUUUACACAGUUUUUUUAGAGAGAUACUUUUAAAUAUGCUGCUUCAUAUCCUUCAAAGUAAAGUUUUUUUUUUCUUUUCCGUUUCAUGGAACAACUUCCUAGUUUUAGUACCAACACAAGCGUGACUACAAAGAAAUUAUGUAAAAUAUUUUCUUGCUUGACUUUCUAAUUCAACGAAGAGAGUAUUAUAAUUUCUCUCAUAUACAAUUCCUUUAUGGUGAGUCAGGUAUAUCCUACUAGGGGUGUUCAAUGUUCGGAUAAAAUUGAACUAAACUGAAAAAUCGAAUCAAAUCAAAAUUUAUUUUUUAUAUAUAUAUAUAUCUAAAUGAGGCGUAAAAAGUUAUUUUAAAAAGUGGUAAUUAUGGUUGCUACAUUGCAAUGUUGCUUCUUUGCUUCAAUAGUUAAUGGUGUUGAAAAAAAAGGACACAAUGGAGUGUUUGCAUUUUUGGUAAAUAGGGUCAUACUCCUAAAAAUAUUCUAUUAGAAUAAAUAUAGGUGUUUAAGUUACCUCAUACUACUCGAUUUUUUAUUUAAAUUUUGAAUAUUUUAAAGUGAUUAUAUUUAAAAAGUUACCUGAUAUACUACAUGAGAAGACCUAGUCGAACGGACUACAUUUAUUUAAAUUUCCAGAAUUAUUUUAUUGUAUUCUAUGUGUGAAUUUAAAUAGGAGUAUUUUCUAUAGUAAACUUUUACGAGACUUUACCUUUUGUAAAGGGAGAACUCUUCCACUUAUCUCUUCUAAAACGACUAAUUUAUCGAAUGUAUUCGAUGGUUUUGAGUGUUAAAAGCAUGUGCUUUAGAUGAUGAUAUAAACAGCACAAAUGGUUGCUGCUCACUAUGACAUUGCAAUUGACCAAAUUCUCUACGCACCUUCUUCAGCUGCUUUUGAUUUCAUUAUCAACAGGAAGUAGCAAUGCAGAAAUCAUGACUAACAAAUGGACAACUUACUUCCAACAACAACUGGAUCACAAACAUUGUGUGUUUUUAUCCUAUAACAUGGUGAAAGCUUACAUUUCCAGUUUGAACAGCUUAAACUUCACUAUACAUAUUCCCACCUUCCAACCACAGAUACCUAUCAAGAUCCUCACAUGGAGAAGAGGAUCCAAUUGAUAAGAAGCCAGAUUGUUUCACAACGUCCUCACUUGUUUCUUCUUUCACUAGCCUUUGCUUUCCUUGUUACAGAUCCAUUCGGUUUAAGUCCAGUAGGAGACAGUGACUUCAAUCCAGUGAGGAAUGACAUUGCACCAUACAAUCAAGUCAUGGAAAGUUGGCAUGGAGACAAGAAUAACCGGUUAGGCGUCGGCAAUUUGGAGUUUGUUAACGAAAUUUAUGGUCCUGAAUCACUAGAAUUUGAUACUUUGGGUCAUGGCCCCUAUGCGGGACUAGCUGAUGGACGCAUUGUACGGUGGAUGGGUGAAGAUGCUGGCUGGGAAACAUUUGCACUUGUCACCCGUAACUGGUCAGAGAAACUUUGUGCUAAAGGAAAAGAUUCAACAACACCUAAGCAAUGGAAAGUUGAGCCACAAUGUGGCAGACCCCUUGGCCUGAGGUUCAAUAAAAAGACAGGGGAUUUGUACAUUGCAGAUGCUUACUAUGGUCUCCUAGUUGUGGGUCCUGAAGGAGGCGUGGCAACUUCAUUGGCUACACAUGUGGAAGGGAAACCCAUACUCUUCGCCAACGACCUUGAUAUUCAUACAAAUGGCUCCAUCUUCUUCACAGACACUAGCAAGAAACACAACAGAGUGAACCAUUUUCUCAUAAUGUUAGAAGGAGAAGACACCGGUAGACUUCUUAGGUACGAUAUUGCUACAAGAUCUACUCAUGUUGUCUUGGAUGGAUUGACGUUCCCCAAUGGAGUACAAUUAUCCAAGGACCAAACUUUUCUUCUCUUCACUGAAACAACCAAUUGCAGGCUGAUAAAAUUCUGGAUAGAAGGUCCAAAGAGUGGCACAGUUGAGAUUGUUGCAAACCUUCCAGGAUUUCCAGACAAUGUAAGGGUGAAUGAGAAAGGUCAAUUCUGGGUUGCGAUAGAUUGUUGUCGCACUCGUGCACAAGAAGUCCUCAUAAAUAAUCCAUGGAUGAGAAGCAUUUACUUUAGGUUACCAAUUAGGAUGCGUUACCUGGCUAGAUUGAUGGGGAUGAGAAUGUACACUGUUAUCUCACUCUUCAAUGAAAAUGGAGAAAUUAUUGAUGUUCUUGAAGAUAAAAAAGGUGUAGUUAUGAAGCUGGUUAGUGAAGUAAGAGAAGUAAAUGGGAAGCUAUGGAUCGGGACUGUGGCUCAUAACCAUAUUGCCACCCUUCCAUAUCCAUAAAACUUCAUCCCUGGGUAUCUAUGUUUUGACUUUCUGCUUUUUACUAUUUUUAUUGAUUUUGCACUGAUAGUAUGUUUGAUUAUGUGUAACAAAACUAAUGAAUAAUAGCCCAGCACUUGUUUGACCCAUUUACCUCGUGGACAAUUCUUAAAGCUCAAUUGAAAUAUUUGCAUUUUGCACA